GUAUAGUUUAUUCAAUAAACCAUGCAUAAUAAAUGAUUGCCUGUUGUAUUACGUGAAUCCAGCAAUGUAUAGUUGCUCUUCCUAUUCAGCUGAUACAGUAUGAGAAGCAAGAGACAUUUGGGAAAGGUCUCAGCUGUUAUCUGAGUGCUUAGAUGUAGCUCCAAGAUAACUAACAAUCAUCCGUAAACCUGGAAUUUUGAGAAGAAACAAAAAUUACUGGCUGUUCUGAGCUGCCACAGGUCUUAUUCUUUGUAUCAAAGAAAAGCUGCAGCCUUUUUUUUUUUUUUUUUUGAGGAAAUAGGUUUUCCUAUGAUUUUGAAGAAGCUGCAGCUGAGCCAAUAUUUCAGCUUUUCCUCAACAACAGAAUAAUCACCGAAAGAUUACUUUUGGGCACCUCCAAAUACUGGCUGGUCUUGCCUUUCUUCCCCUCCUCAGUGGUUAUGAGCAUUAAUAUUCUCGCUCCUGGAAAGACCCAAGAAAGGAUACCCCUGGUCAGUGAGAUAGGAGAACAGACAUUUUAGCAAGCAGUCUGCCACUUCUUUUCUCUCUGGAUUUGUUUUUGCAAUGGGAGAAUGCAGGCUACCAUGAGGGAGCUCAACCAAUCUGUAUCUUUCUCCUUAAAGAGAAGUCUGGUGGUGUUAACACACGUGGGCCCCGGGUUUUUGGAUGGGGUGGAGAUAAAUUCCUAGAGUCCCUUGGCAUGUCAUUGGGGCUCACUUCAAUAUGAAAUUGCUUAUCCUACAGUUCUGGAAGAAAUGCCACAAAGUUGUUGCUGCAGUUUCCAGAUGUCUCCCCAAGAUAAUAGGUGAAAAAGCCUAAGAGAUUUUGCCUGCCUUAGAGUGCUGGGCUAAAAGGGGAAAGUUCACUGAGGCAAUAAAAAUUAUCUAAAAUUGUGUCACUCGUGGUCUGCUGGAUGUGAGACGGAGGCAAUUUUCCAAGGAGCCAAUGAAAAAGCUAUUGCCAGGACAAUCCCAGGUUCUGGGAUUACAGCAUGUGAGGAACUAGCCCUAUGUUUGAGAUGCAUUUGGAAGGUAGAAUGGUAAUGGUUGGCAGUUGGUUGCCGAGCAACAUGUUCCUAUGUGAUGGCAACUGGCUUAGGGAGCUACUCUUAGAAGGUCUAUUUAAUUGGCUUGGUGGUCACUAACUGAUGUCCUGAUGAAUCUGUCCCUGAGUGGCAGGUAUCAGUUUCACACACACACACACAAACAUGUAAAUUGGCCAUACAAAAAUAUGACAUAUAUCAAGCCAAUUCUUCCAAAUGUUAUUUUUGUAACAUGUUUUUAUGUAUGCACUGGAUCACAGAAACAGCAAUUUUGGGGUGUCAUCUGAUAAAGUGGUUCAAUAUUUAUAAAUGCGUGAAUAGCUUGAUAUUUUCUUUUUCAGGGUCGCCAGUUCAUGCUUGCAAAUGUAUUAAUUUUCUUUAAGAAAUUGCCCAACUAAGGAAUUGUGGACAUGAAUAUGGCACUGAGUCAAAGCAGCAAACUCAAGCAAAGAAGUCCUGGGAACUUUGAAGAUGAGAAUGCUUGGCUACAGGAAUGGAUCCAUGAAGAACUUGCUCACGGUGAAGUCUGGCAGAAGGAAUAUGAAGCACUGUUAAGACAUCAGUCCCAGCUUUGUGCCUUGCUGCAGACUAAGAGUUUUAAGUCCCUGGAGAAGAAAACUCGAGCAUUGCAAGAGGAGCUGGAAGAAAUCCAGGAAGUUCUGCAGGAGUAUCAGAACCGAAGUCGUCAACGCCAGCUGCAUAUCCACAAACAAGAAAAGGAAAAUCAGAAAAUGGCUGAGAUAGUUAAAGAACUGGAAAAAAAGGUCUUCAAGCAACAGCUGGAUGAGCAGUACAACAAAGAUGUUCAGAAGGAACUUAGAUCAGAAGGCAAUGAACUGAAGAGGCACUUGUUCGAAUGGGAAGCUAAGUGGCAGACAAAGUAUGAGAGGAUCAGGCAGAAACAGCAGCAUAUUGAGAAACUGAGCACUGUAAUCCAGGGGCUGUCUCUGAAGAGCCAGGAACUGCACCGAAGUAUCACCUUCUUGGAAGACAAUGUGGUGGAAGUUCAACAGGAAAUAGCACUUUUGCAGAAAGAUGCACUUUCUGGAGAAAUGGUGACCUUGGCAGGAGGCUUUCUUUGGGAGGAACAAGUGUGCGACCAGAUGAAGAGACUUCCACAUCUGGAACUAUACAGAAUUACUUCUAAGGAAUACUGCUCAUCCAUAUCUUUCCUACGUCCAACUCCCCAGGCUGCCUGGAGGAUGUUGUGGGCCUUGGCCAAAGUCCUGUUUCUGAUCCUGCUGUUAGCUCUGCCUCUCCAUUUCUUUCAUGGCAGGUACUCCAGGCAGCCAUGUUUGCAGCGGCACUCAACACCCCUGCUCUACAUCGAGUCCAAGAGGUUGUUUCCCCUUUAGCUUCCUGAAGGCACUUACACACAUAUCAUUAAUGACCUUUAAUAAAAUUGAAUAACAAUCGCCACAAACUUCUCUGUUUACCUGAAAUAGGAACCAUAUCUGUUGUUUACUGUGCAACUUUCCUUUAUGUGGUUGUUGUUUUUUAUUUACAAUAGCCAGACUAAAUUAUCUGCUCUCAAUUUGGAAUCACAACUUUAUUAUUAUGAUUCAUUGCAGUCAGCCAGAUAUUCAGACUGGGUUUGGCAUUUUUGUCUACCUAUUGAAUCCUUUCCAAGGACGUAGGAUAGGCAGAUGUGGAUGUUUG